AUCAACAGUAAAGACACGAGCGUGUACAGAAACUCUUAAGAAGUUGUAGCUGUGCGCAGUUGAAAUAAAGCUUCCCUCAUUUGAAUCUGCUGACUUCCGGGUUUGAUCGAGCACUUGUCAGUGUGUUUACUGUCUUAAGUCUGAUUAAAUUUCACUUUCUGUCGCGUGCUGCUGUAUUUUCAGAGCGGAUUUUAUUUCAGAUGUGUGUUCGGGGUCAGCUGAGUCUGAACUGAGGAAUAUGAGCUGAAAUGCCGUCCGUGACUACUGGAGUGAAGGAACUUUAUCUGUCUACAUCACUGGGAGAACUGAACAAGAAGGCAGAAAUCAAACCAGAUAAAACCAACACCAGACACUAUGUUCAGAGUGCAUGUAAGAUCUUCAAGGCGGCUGAGGAGUGUCGUCUUGAUCGAGAUGAGGAGAGGGCUUAUGUCCUGUAUAUGAAGUAUCUGACCGUGUAUGACCUCAUCAAGAAAAGGCCGGACUUCAAACAGCAGCAGGAUUUCUAUCUGUCUAUGCUCGGGCCAACCAGCUUUAAGAAGGCCAUCGAAGAAGCAGAGAAACUUGCAGCGAGUUUAAAACUGAGGUAUGAAGAAAUGGAAGUGCGGAAAAAGCUGGAAGAAAAAGAGAGAAAAGAGGAAAAGAGUCGAAGAGAAGAAAGAACAGAGAAAGAUGGCCGUGAUUCAGUCAGAGGAACAUCAGAUAAGGACACUCAGAAGGUUCACCAAGACCUUAAUAACAAGAAGACCGGAUGUGCAAAAGCAGCAGGCAGCAUCAGCGCUGAAGGUUUAUUUCGUCUGAUGAAGGACACCGGUAUAAGUGUGUUGGUGAUGGACGCUCGGAGCAGUCGUGACUUUGAGGAGUCGCAGAUGUGCGUCCCGUCGCAGAUGUGUAUCAGUGUACCUGAAGAAGCCAUCACCCCGGGGGUGACGGUGAACCAGAUUGAGUUGAAGUUGCCUGCAGCAUCUCUAGCUGAGUGGAAGCGUCGAGCGUUUGUGGAUUACGUCGUUCUGUUGGAUUGGUUCAGCAGCAUCUCUGACCUCAAACUGGGCACCACUUUACAGAGCUUAAAAGAUGCGCUCUACAAGUGGGACAGCAGUACCAUCCUCCGCAGUGAGCCACUGGUGCUGGAGGGCGGAUACGACAACUGGCUGCUCUUUUACCCCAUGUACACCAGCAACGCUAAAGUCAAACCGCCCAGACAGCAGGAGACCAGCGCACUACCACAAUUAAACUUUGUGUAUCCUUCGCUGGAGGAUCCCAAACCUGUGAGUUUGCAUCCAGAGCCCACAGCCCCGACACAAGUCAAUGGCAGAACGUUGGACCAGGACCCUCCCACAGAACCCCCUGAAAACCUAAACGGACAAACGCCGGUCCACCAGACCGUUCCUCCUACCAGCACAGAUGUCACAUCGCUACCCUCGGCCUCACCCAGACACACUCCACAAGUCGAUCGCUCAAAAAAACCAGCAGUAAACCUGACAUCGAGAGUCAGCAACGAUACAACAGCGGCACACAACGGCCCCUCAACCAAACCUAACCUGGACUCAUCCGCAGUUCUGAGUGAGGAGGAACGCAAGGAGAUCCACGCUGAAACCAUCACCCUGAUGGAGAAAGCUCGUAAAGAGCAGGAACAACGCAAGCGAGCUCAAGAGGAGAAGAGAGAGAGAGAACAGCGAGCUAAAGAAGAGAAAGAGCUGAGAGAGUCGGCCGAGAGACGUCAGAGAGAAGAGAGCGAAGAGAAACAGCAGGAGAAAAAGAAACUGGAAAGACAGAAGGCAGAAGAGGAGAACCAAGAAGAAAUUGAACGAGACCAGAAGGCCAAAAAAUCUCAGAAGGACGUCCCGCUGGACGCUCAGAUGAAGAGCAUGUCACUAGAUUUACCCGCACCGGUCAACACUGUAAACGACAUGAAGAGGGAGCCUCUGACACGAGCAAGGAGCGAGGAGAUGGGCCGAACCGUACCAGGCUUGCCAGACGGCUGGAUGAAGUUUCUUGACACGGUUACAGGCACCUACAGAUACUAUCACUCUCCCACCAAUCGCGUGCAUCUCUAUCCUCCGGAGGUGAACACGCCUCAGGUACCGCCCAUCACGGCAGACACGCCCAAAGCCGAGCCGACGCAACCCGCAGACACCGACAAAGAGAAGGAAAGGGAUCAGUCCAAACUAAAGAGAUCGUACUCGUCUCCUGAUAUCAGCCAGGAGCUGAACGCAGAGAGCAGCAGAAACGUACCUGCAGACAUACCCAAAAUAAACAGAGAAAACAAGCCUCAGACUGUUGCCGCAUACAAGUUUGAUGUCGCACGUCCGUCCGCGGCAAAGAUUCGGAAUCUGAACCCGGUGUUCGGGGGUCAAGGGGCGUUAUUAACAGGGCUUCGUAACCUUGGCAACACCUGCUACAUGAACUCCAUCCUCCAGUGUCUGUGUAACACCGUAGCCAUGGCAGAAUAUUUCAACAAGAACUACUAUCAGGAAGACAUUAACCGGGCCAAUAUUCUGGGUCAUAAAGGGGAAGUGGCCGAUGAGUUCAGUGUGGUCAUGAAGGCUCUGUGGUCAGGACAAUAUAAAUGCAUCAGUCCUCAAGAUUUUAAAGGCACCGUCUGUAAAAUCAACAACAGAUUUUCCAGCUACGAGCAUCAAGAUUCCCAGGAACUCCUUCUGUUCCUCAUGGACGGACUGCACGAGGAUCUAAACAAGGCGAAUAAACGCAGGGGUUAUAAGGAAGAGGAUAUCGAUCACCUGGACGACGUGAGCGCUGCAGAUCUGGCCUGGUCCAAACACAAGCUGCUGAAUGAGUCCAUCAUCGUGGCUCUGUUUCAGGGUCAAUUUAAAUCUACAGUUCAGUGCAUGAGCUGCCAACACAAAUCUCGCACCUUCGAGACCUUCAUGUACCUCACGCUAGAGAUGACGGCCAGCAGCAAAUGCUCUUUACAGGAUUGUUUGAAACUCUUCUCAAAAGAGGAACGAUUGACAGACAGCAACCGCUUCUACUGCAGACGCUGUAAAACGCACCGCGACGCCAUCAAGAAAAUGCAGAUCUGGAAAGUUCCUCCGAUUUUACUCAUCCACUUGAAACGGUUCAAGUACGACGGCCGGUGGCGGGAAAAGCUACAGACGUUGGUGGAUUUCCCGCUGGAUAACCUGGACCUGUCGCAGUACGUGAUCGGACCCAAACCCAACCUGAAGAAAUACAGCCUGUACGCCGUCUCUAAUCAUUACGGCGGUUUGGACGGAGGUCAUUACACCGCAUACUGUAAAAACCCCAUCAAGCAGCGCUGGUUCAAGUUUGAUGAUCACGAGGUGUCUGAUAUCUCGCCCUCCUCCGUUCGCUCUGCAGCGGCCUACAUCUUCUUUUAUUCAUCCCUGUGAUGAAACCAAUGUGUUAACCUGAGGUGACCGAUGCACAUUUGAGAUACAACUGAGGGCAGAGGUUAAAGCCUUCACGUGAAGACUGAUGAAAACUUUGGCUGAGGGAACGUCUGUGUCUCUCUCUCUCUCUCUCUCUCUCUCUGUCUCUCUCUGUCUCUCUCUGUCUCUCUCUCUCUCAGCAGCGUUGUGUUGGACUUUAGCAGGGCUUUGACACACAGGCUCAGGUCUCACAUUCAGAGCAUCUAUCUGCUUUUCAAGACUUAUGUCAUAUGUAAACAGAUGUUUCUGAGAGAUUGUGUGUCAAUAUACACAGACACACACACACAUAUAAAUACAUAUCUACACAUGCACAAACACUAUAAUCCAACAGCUCAUUAGGUGUGCAUUUAGGGAGAUGAUUUAUUUAUUUAUAGUGACCAAAUGUUUCCUGUAGAAAUGCAGUAUGUGUAUCUGGUUAAUUCCAGACCUAAAGGAGUCAAAUAAUCUUGGUGAAAACAACUCCAUCAUCUUCACACCAUAAAGUCUCUGUCCCUGAACAAACAUUCACACACGUACACGUUUAGAUGCAUUGAUGUGUGUCCGGUGUGAUUUACAGACAUGCACCGGUGAUGACAUCAUACAGCGCAAUAACUAACAUGGGACUGUUACAAACCCUGAACGACUGAUGAUUUACAACCGUAGAUAACAACAGUUGAUGUUAAAUUUCCCUCGAGUAUCAUUAGCACACAUCCCACUGAAGGGACUUUUAUAAUGUAAUCCAGACUAAACUUCUGGUUAUUUCUCUCUGCACUAAUAUUACUCAAAGUUAAAGCUGCUUUAUAUUAAGCUUGUAGUUUAAAUGACCAAACGUUAGCACAGUAUCACAAUAUCCACUAACAUUAUCUUUUAUUUGUAGCAUGAUGUUUGGCAUGAGUCUGAUUGAUUUUCUCAUCCCGUUUCUUAUAUUAGGAUACUUAUUCUUCAAAUCCAUUUAUUGGUCUAUAAACCCCUAAAUCAUAACAAAUGUACUGCUUCAAUAAAAUACACAAACAGA